CGGCUUCUUCCGUCCGGUUGCUCUCAGGACUCUUUUGUUAUUUAUUGUGACCGCAUUGCGAAGGACGGUCCGCGGGGGACGGGCACACCUUUCAUGUAGCGCAGAACCAUCGAAGGAUCGAGUCCAUGGAGGUCAUGGACAGCCCGCUCAAUCUCGCUCAUCAGCAGGGCAGGAAGGCCGACCGCCUGCUCGCCGCCGGCAAGUGUGAAGAGGCCGUCGCCUGCCACGGAAACGCAGCAGAUCUUUUGACGGAUGCCAUGAAGACAACAGAGUCUGAGCAGGCCCGGCUGUCCAUGGAGCUGCAGAGGGACAGCCACAUCAAGCAGCAGCGGCUCAUCCAGGAGCGCAGGAAGAGAGAGGCUCGCCGCGAGGCCACCAGGGCCCGGCCCGGCCCGGUCCAGCAGCCCCCCAGCAGCCCGGCCAGCCCCCCCCAAACCCUGUCCACAGGCCAGCCGCAGCCCCCCGGCCCCCCAGCCGCAGAAGGAACCAGGGAGAGGGAGUACGACACCUUGCUCUACCAGCUGCAGACCCGGCAGACCGGAGGCUGCCAGCCUCUGGCGGCGCCGUGCCCCGGGUCCAAGAUCGCCAAAGACGACAAAACCCGGCUGGAAGAGCAGCAGACCACCAUCGUCGACCUGCGGCGCCUGGUCAACAACCUGAUGGACGAGAACCAGCGGCUGGGGGCCGAGAACAAGCGGCUGCUGUCGGAGAACGGCCGGCUGCGGGUGGAGGCGGUGGACUUCGUGGAGCGCUCGGAGCUCUGGGUGCUCCCGCAGGCCGGCGGCGGCGCCAUGGGAACGGGGGGCGGGCCGGAGAGGAAGAGCAAGGGGAAGGAGAUCGCCAUCCCUCAGCUGCCCCCGCUGGAGAUGCCGGCUCGGGAGGAUCUGUGCCUGGACGACCUGCCGCCGCUGGAGCUGCCGGAGGACAUCCAGCACGAGCUGCAGGAGAUGCUGGACCGGGGGAAACUGUGAGGGGGGCGUGGCCUCCGCUCCGACACGCACACGGGCGCCGCUGAGUCCGGGAGCUCGACAUGUCCGCCGCCCGAGACCCACCAGGCCUCUGCUCGGGGGGCGGCGGACAGAGCCGUCAUGGAAACGGGUGCAACACAAGUAAUCAGUAAUCAGGCCGAGUGAAGUCUCGACACUAAUGCAAGCCACGCAUCGUCUCCAACAACGGCGGGAGGCGCCGACGGUUUUCUUCCUUUUAUGUUUUUUAAUUUAACAGAAUAUUUGUUUGUUUUUGUCUGCAAGUAACAAUUAAACGACUGAACGACG